AAGAGGCAGUAAUAAGAAACAUUUUUCUGACUUCUCCCACAUCCACACCACAGAGCAUUCACCGAGCGGCUGCGUUAGCACCACGGGGCCGCCGAGCCCCCCGGGGCCAGUAACGGAGGCAUUCGCCCACCGUAACGGGCACUGCUGUGGCUACGGGAGCCACCACGGUGCCAGGACGGGUGGAGGGAGGCGAGUGGCCCCAUGAAGCCCCUCCAAGCUGGGGUGCAGGACACGGAGCUGAGCUGCCCCGGCUGAGCCGUGCGCGUCGCUUCCGAGCUUGGGAUCGCUGGGAGCCGGGCUGUGCCGCGGGACGUGGAUGCUGUAGGACGAUGCCGUGCGGAGCGCGUGCCCGGGCGCUGCUGGCGCUGCUGACCCUCUCCCUCGGCGUCGCCGACGAUGAGCUGCUGUGCGCCUGUGAUGUUCCGUACUGCAGCCUCCCCACCUGCACCGGCAAGGUGUGCUUCAUCAGCAAGAGGAAGGAGGAUGGGACCAUCACCCAGCACAGGGGCUGCUUCUCCGAGAACAUCCUGGAGAACUGCCACACGCCCGUGACGGAGCAGUACGGCAUGAGGUGCUGCGAGUCCAGCAUGUGCAACGCCGAGCUGGAGAUCUUCCUUCAAGGAGAAGACACCCUGGGAAAGGAGCCUUCCCUGCCCAACCUCCUCCUGAUGAUCUUCGUCCCGCUGCUUGCCCUCCUUGUCCUCACGGCGCUCACAGCUCUCUUCUGCUGGAAGGUCGCUCAGCACCGCCACAAGAAAAGUGACUUUGGAGACAUGGACCUCAUGCUGAAAGCAUCCAUGGUGGGAGACAGCACUCUGGAGGACUUGUUGAAUGAUGACUGCACCACGGGCAGCGGCUCAGGGUUGCCCUUCCUCGUCCAGCGCACCGUGGCUCGGCAAAUCACCCUCGUGGAGUGUGUGGGCAAAGGACGCUACGGAGAGGUGUGGCGAGGCGUGUGGCACGGGGAGAGUGUGGCCGUGAAGAUCUUCUCCUCCCGGGAUGAGCAAUCGUGGUUCCGUGAGACAGAGAUCUACAACACCGUCCUCCUCCGGCACGACAACAUUCUGGGUUUCAUCGCCUCUGACAUGACAUCAAGGAACUCCAGCACCCAACUCUGGCUCAUCACCCACUACCAUGAGAAUGGCUCGCUCUACGACUACCUGCAGAGGACGGCCCUGGACGUGGAGACCUGCCUGGGACUGGCCUCCUCCAUCAUCUGCGGCCUCGUCCACCUCCACGUGGAGAUCUUUGGCACCCAGGGCAAGCCCGCCAUUGCCCACCGUGAUCUAAAGAGCAGGAACAUCUUGGUGAAAAGCAACCGGCAGUGCUGCAUCGCUGACCUGGGGCUGGCCGUCAUGCACUCCCAGGGCAGCGACUACCUGGACAUCGGCAACAACCCGCGGGUGGGCACCAAGCGCUACAUGGCCCCGGAGGUGCUGAGCGAGCAGAUCCGCACCGACUGCUUCGAGUCCUACAAGAAGACAGACAUUUGGGCGUACGGCUUGGUGCUGUGGGAGAUCGCCCGGCGGACGGUGGUGAACGGAAUUGUGGAGGAGUACCGGCCGCCUUUCUUUGACACUGUCCCCAGUGACCCCAGCUUUGAGGACAUGAAGAAGGUGGUGUGCAUCGACCAGCAGACCCCUGUGGUCCCCAAUCGCCUCUUCUGUGAUCCGGUUCUGUCGGCGUUGGCGAAGGUGAUGAAGGAGUGCUGGUACCAGAGCCCCUCGGCGCGCCUCACCGCCCUGCGCAUCAAAAAGACGCUGAAGAAGCUGAACAACUGCCUGGAAAAGCCCAAAUCGGAGCAGUGAGCACCCGGGUGGAGCCAACACCGGGAUAGCUCACGGUCACGGAAGGAUUCCCACCCACAGCCCCCACCUCUCCCACCCUUUUUGGAUUGGCGAAGAGGGGAAAAAAAUAGGAGGGGACAAAAAAAAGUAUCAAAGGAGGAAUCUUCAGAUCUUCCAGUCUGGUUCUAAAAAUACCCCCGGAUCGGUUACCCGACGCCGGCGCGUCUCGCCUGCGCAGCACGGGUGGCAACGGGUGCCAAAGGGUGGCGGCCCACCCUGAGCCCCCUGGCCGGAUGCCACGGUGAUGGGCACCGGAGACGACUCCAUCCCUGAGCACCCACCAAUGGGUGAUGCCCCAAACCUGCCCACCCGGGGCAUCAGCAGAGGGGACGUUGCCGGCGCUGGGCAGUGUCUUUCUCAAGGAGACCUGGAUGGUGUUGGGAUAGGAUGGUCCAGCGCAGCGUCCACGUGGCCGGGCUGGAUCUGCACCCUGGCACAUCUUGGGGCGCCCCGGGAUGAGGAGAUGCUGGCACCAAAUAGGGUCUCAGCACCCUGUGGGCCACAGGGACCCCUGAAAUGGUGGUUCCCACAGUCAUGGUGGCCUCAUCCUAACCUGAGGAGCUGUCAGCACCCAGCAGGGCCUCAGCACCCAUGGGGACCCACCAAGAUGAAGGCUUCCACAGCUGCAGCGGCCUCAUUCUUCCCUUGAGGAGCAACCAGGGCUCAGCACCCAUGGGGACCCACCAAGAUGAAGGCUUCCACAGGUGCUGUGGCCUCAUUCUUCCCUUGAGGAGCAACCAGGGCUCAGCACCCAUAGGGACCCACCAAGAUGAAGGCUUCCACAGCUGCAGCGGCCUCAUUCUUCCCUUGAGGAGCAACCAGGGCUCAGCACCCAUGGGGAUCCAUCAAGAUGAGGCCUUCCACAGCUGCAGUGGCCUCAUCCUUCCCUUGAGGAGCCACCAGCGUUCCCCAUUCCCUUUGGUCUUUGCCCACAGGUCGAUGUCCUCCGGAGGGCUCCGGUGGCCCCUCCAGCCCACAGGACCCCAACGCACCCCUCGGUGGGGGAUGUUUGUCGACGCAGGUCCCGGACCUUCCGCAGCUCCCGCUUCGCGUCUUCCUCCAGAAUUAUUUAAUUAAGAUUUUAAUAUAUUGAAUAAAGUGCUAAAGC